GGGAAGCCGGAUGUAAACAUGACAAAACAUCCAUAGACAAGAGUUAAGUCCAGAGUCCAGAGUCCAGAGAGUGUGUUAACUUCAGGUCCAGGAUGACUGAGGUGAGCCAUCAGCAGUGGGGAGAGGUGGCUGGCCAGGGCACUGUGGACCUGUGGGUCCUCCAGUCCCCCCAGGUGCGGGUGGAGGUUCUCACCCUGGGUGCCAUCAUCAGGUCUGUGUGCAGCAGAGGGAAGAAUGGACAGAUGGAAGACAUAGUCCUCGGCUAUGAUGACGUGGAAGGAUAUGUGUCAGAUAAACGGUACCAUGGAGCUACGGUCGGCCGCGUGGCCAACAGGAUUGCACUGGGACGUUUUGUUGUGGAAGGAAAAGAGUACAAACUGGAUAUCAAUAAUGGACCCAACGCACUGCAUGGAGGGCUGCAGGGCUUCAAUAAGGCUAUCUGGUUGGCUUCAGCAGUGGAGGGUGGUGUACAACUGAGUCACACCAGUCCAGAUGGAGACCAGGGCUAUCCUGGGGAGAUCCAGGUCUCUGUCUGCUACACCCUGCAGGGGGAAACACUAACUGCUGAGUAUCAAGGCCGGUCGACCAAAACCACCCCCAUCAACCUCACCAACCACUCUUACUUCAACCUGGCUGGACAGGGCGCAGCAGACAUCUAUGACCAUCAGGUGUCCAUCAGUGCUCAGUCCUACCUGCCUGUGGAUGACACAUCGAUACCUACAGGAGAGAUCAGACGAGUGGAGGGCACGCCCUUUGACCUCAGAAAGCCUGUUCUGAUUGGCUCUCGGCUCAAGGAGAUUCCAGUUCCAGGCUUUGACCAUAAUUUCUGUCUGACAUCACCCAGAGACACCUGGACAGAGAGACAUGCUGCCAGAGUGUGUCACCCAGCCAGUGGGCGGGUCCUGGAGCUCUCUACCAGUCAACCAGGGGUCCAGUUUUACACUGCCAACUUCCUGGACGGCUCAGUGGCAGGAAAGGCCGGCGUGAGGUAUGGGAGGCACAGCUCCUUCUGUCUGGAGGCACAGAACUGGCCAGAUGCUGUCAACAAGGCUUCAUUUCCUGACUGUCUCCUGCGUCCUGGUGAGGAGUACCAUCACGUGAUUCGCUUCACCUUCACCACAGUCUGAAGUGACUGCCACUGACAGCAGGACAGAGAAGAGGAAAGCUGGAUGGCCACAACCUGAUUGAUCCAUCGGAUUUUUCACAGUGUGGACCAGAAAUCAUGGACCAGAGAGUUAAGCAGCCAGUGCCUUUCUCAGUGUGACUUCUCUUCCUCUCAGUGUAACUGUGGCAUUUUAAUGCUGAGUUUCUAAUGUGAAUCAUUUUACUGAACCAGUGCUAUGAUGGGCUUUACAGGCAGAGUCAUUGCUGCCUGUGCAUGUCUGCAGAGACAUGAUGUUCACAGUCUAACCUGACCAAACUCUGUUAGUUAAUGUCAGUUAUGAUCAUGUGCCAUUUCAUUAUCACAUGGAACAAAAAAGGAAUCAAGAGCUUAAUCUCUCCAGCUGUUUCUUGCCAUUUGUUGAAAUUUGUUCUUUUCAGCGUCACAUUGAUGCAUCUGUCCUGUUUAUUUAUGCAGUAUGAAGAAUUCAAGCAGCCAGACUGACACUCUACACAUUAUUUACAUUAUGUAACACUGCAAUGUGUGUUUGUGUGUGUGUAUGAGUGUAUGAGUCCUCACCUGUGUGUGUUCAGCAUCUCCACACAGGCUGAACUGUUCCUGGAAAACAGCUAGUUGAGGAGGCGGGUUUGGGUGAGAGGGCAUCCUACUACUCUGCCAAGAGACAUGAGUUGCUAUAGCAACCUCUAAUCCAUCACUCCGAGAGGCUUUUAACUGCUGAGAUUUCAUAAAACGUGACAGAAGUUGUGAGCCUCAAAGAGAGCAGACGACUGAUGACUUCCGGUGUGUGACUGCAGGGAGUAGAGAGUGAGAGACCGUUCCAGUCAGCUUCCUGAUACACGCAGGGAGGAGUGACGGCUUAGAGUCACAGCAGCUCCAACAAACCUGACCUCUCACAUGACCAGCUCAGCUGUUUUAUUUUCCACCAUGAAGUGUUUCUACGAAGGGCCUUGAAAUCCAUUCUGCCACAAUUGACACAAUUAAGUUAAUACUGGUUCAAUUUGCUUCUUUUAAAACAUGAGAGAAAGGGACUAAGCAACAAAAGAAGA